AUCAAGAAAAAAUUUCUUGAAUUUUUUCUCUUCUGUUUUUCUUCAUAGCUAUGCUUCUUAAUAGGGAUAAUGCUAGGUUUGCUGUUGGUGUUAUUGGGAAUAUCAUUGCACUCAUCUUGUUCUUGUCACCCUUGACGACUUUCGUUCGUAUAUGGAAAAGCAAGUCUGUGGAGCAAUUUUCUCCAAUUCCAUACCUAGCCACAUUUAUCAAUUGUGGGCUUUGGGUGAUGUACGGUCUCCCAUGGGUCACACCUAACAGUCUUUUAGUUAUAACUAUUAACGGGACCGGUCUAGGCAUCGAGAUCGUGUACCUUACACUGUUUUUAUUGUACUCGGAUCGUAAGCAAAGGAUGAAAGUUAUUAUAAUCGUCAUCGUUGAGAUUAUUUUUGUUGUUGCACUUGGCUUUGUUGUUCUAACUUUUGUCCAUGAACCCAAGAAAAGGGCAGCCAUUGUUGGUAGCAUUUGCAUGGUGGGCAACAUUAUGAUGUAUGCUGCUCCUUUGUCCGUCAUGAAACUGGUGAUCAAGACCAAAAGUGUGGAGUACAUGCCUUUCUUCCUUUCACUUUUCUCAUUUCUCAAUGGUGUGAGUUGGACUUCUUACGCCCUCAUCCGUUUUGAUGCCUACAUUCUUGCACCUAAUUCAAUGGGAACCCUUCUUGGGCUGGCCCAAUUGCUGAUUUAUGCUGCAUUUUACAAGUCCACUAAGAGACAGAUGGCAGCAAGAGAGGCUAAAGGAGAAAUGGUUAUGACUGAAAAGUCUGUUUCGGGUCGGGUGGCCCAAAACCCGAGAAAUGAUUCUAGAGUUUAAGUUUGGGGUUUCUGAAAGCCCAUUUAACUUUUCUAUCUUGAUGUUUGGGCCCAACUUUCGUUGGGCCUUUUGUUUUCAUGACUCCUUAUU